AUGAUACCCUUCACACCCUUUGCCACGGCAGCAAGGCAGGUCUUUGCCUUCCUCUUCCUCCUCCUCACCACACUCACCCCCCUCGUCGCCUCCCAUGCCAUGAUGACAUUCCCCAUCCCCUACGCAUCCCCUCAACAAGGAAACGGUCCCAUAAACGGCGCCUCCUUCCCCUGCCACGGCGGUGCGGGCGCCAGCCUCCAACUGCCCUCCUCCGGCUACAACGUGUUUCCCCUCGGCUCCAAACAGCCUCUCCGACUCAUCGGAACCGCCGUCCACGGCGGGGGCUCCUGCCAAAUCUCCAUCACGUACGACAACCCGCCCACGCCCCAGAGCAAAUUCAAAGUGAUCAAGUCCAUCGAAGGCGGCUGCAUCGCCCGCAGCGAAGCCGGCAACCGGCCCGGCGCCAGCGCCGUCCAAGUCAACCCGGAUUCCUACGAGUACAGCAUCCCCGACGACAUCCCCGCGGGCAACGGCACCAUCGCCUGGACGUGGUUCAACAAGAUGGGGUAUCGCGAGAUGUACAUGGCGUGCGGGCCCGUGCAGCUGACGGGCGAGGAGAAGCCGGGAGCGAAAGAAACGUUUGAGAAGCUGCCGGAUAUCCUUGUGGCGAAUCUUGAUAAUGGAUGUGGUACCCCCGAAAAUAGAGAUAUCCUGUUUCCUAAUCCGGGGCGGAAUGUGGAGAAGGCGAAUGGAGCGACUGAUGCUUUUGCUGCGCCUACGGGGCAGGGGUGUCAGAAGCCGACUGGUGGUGCCCUUGGUGGAGGUACCCUUGGUAGAGAAGCGGCGACUCCAACUCCAACUCCGGCUCCGUAUCCCGUUGCUAAUGGGACGGCAACUCCCAUGAUCGAGCGCGAGACAGGGGCUACGGGUACAGCGGGUACGGCCGCUUUUCCUGCGGCUGUCUCUGUGACUGGCGCGCCUGAAGUCAACAUAAACGGAAGCACAUCAUUCCCAGCUGGUGUCUCUCGAGGUAUCACCAAGCCAUCGCUCGACGACGACCGCGUUCCAGUAGCGACUACACCCCCUACAUAUACUUCCAACACCAUCCCCCCUUCAACCCUCUUAACCUCCACCAUUCCUAUCUCCCCCAAAUCCAUCAUCAAAAAAAGGUCAGACGGCACCCUCCCCGAAACCGUCCCGCCCACUGGCGCCUGCCCCGCGUACCAAGACGGGUGGUACAUCUGCCACCUGCCUCGCAACCAAAACUAUGGGUUUGUUUACUACCGCUGCGCCUCGGGGAGGUGGACGGGCGCCAUGCAUGUGCCGGCCGGUACGCAGUGUACUAUUAGGGGAGACAAGUAUAAUGCGUGGGUGAGACAGGCGCCGGAACGGGAGUUGACGCUGGAAAUGUCGGCGGAAAAUGAUGAUGAUCCGUUGGUGAUUAUUCCGGUGACGGUGACGAAGGCGACGCCGAAUGCGCCGAUGCGGCCUACGGCGAAGUUGUGA